GCUGGAAACUCAGAAAAACUGAUCAAAAUCCCAACUUUGAGUUUUUGUUUAAAACUUUUAUGUUUAGUCUGUAAAGAAUCAGAUUAAAUCGACCGUAAAGUUUUUGCUUCUUUGUGUUUUUCAUGUUUAUUGCAUUAAUAUUUCCAACUGUUUUUUUUUUUUAUUUCUUACUUUGGUUUAAAUUGUGAUUCUUCCAGUUAAAGGAAGAUUUUUUGUUGGUAAAAAUAUCUUUACUUCAAAAUGACCUCAUAACUUCCAACAAUCAUGUUUGUCCUUUAAGCGUCUCGGUGUCCAGGAAACUGGGCGGACGUUUCACUUUCCUUUCCUUCCGGCUCCUGCUGCUCCGCAGGAACCUCCGUCUGCAGACCGACUUCCCGACCCAACGGCACAAUGAACCCGGCGCUGCCCGGCCCCCGCUCGCCCGGCGACAUCCUGGAGGAGCUGCAGCUGAUCGCGGCUCAGAACUUGGAGACGCUGGACAUCAGCCGGUACUACCAGGUGGUCCGAGAGCUGGGCAAGGGAACCUACGGGAAGGUGGACCUGGUCAUCCACAAGAUCCGAGGCACCAAAAUGGCGCUGAAGUUCCUGAGGAAGAAGAGCACCAAGCUGAAGAGCUUCCUGCGGGAGUACAGCGUGUCGCUCUACCUGUCGCCCUGCCCCUUCAUCAUCAACAUGUACGGCAUCGCCUUCCAGACUGACGACUUCUACAUCUUCGCCCAGGAGUUCGCGCCGGCGGGGGAUCUGUUCGACAUCAUCCCGCCGCAGGUGGGACUCCCUGAGGCCUUGGCAAAGCGCUGCGUCCACCAGGUGGCCAUCGCCCUGGACUACCUGCACUGUAAGAAGCUGGUCCACCGGGACAUCAAACCGGAGAACGUCCUCAUCUUUGACACCGAGUGCAGAAAGGUCAAGCUGUCGGACUUCGGCAUGACGCGGCGCGCCGGCUCUCCGGUGAAACGCGUCAGCGGCACCAUCCCGUACACGGCGCCGGAGCUGUGCGACGCGGCGCGACACGACGGAUUCAGCGUGGACUUCAGCACGGACGUGUGGGCGUUCGGCGUGCUGCUGUUCUGCAUGCUGACGGGGAACUUCCCCUGGGAGAAGGCCAUGACGAACGACGCCUUCUACGAAGAGUUCGCCCGCUGGCAGCGCCGCCGGUCCGGCGCCGCGCCGUCGCAGUGGCGCCGCUUCACGGACGAAGCUCUGCGGAUGUUUCGCCGGCUUCUGUCCAUCGAGCAGCAGCGCCGCUGCGCCGUCAAGGACAUCUUUAGCUACUUCAACCACAGCUGGAUGUUGGACACGGACAACGGGAACGGCGGCGCGGCGACCGCCAACCCCGUGGACAUCAGCUCGUCUUCGUCGGAGGAGGAGGCGCUGGUGGACAGGCUGAAGCAGCAGAGCCUGUCGCCCGCAUGCGCCGCGCCCAAGCCCGGCUUCAUGGACGACCACUUCGCUUCAAACGGCGAGCGAGUCAACAGGAACAGCAACGAAAGGGCGCGGAUCCUGGUGACCACGCCCAUCGAGAUCUGCGUGUAGAGACGCUGCUGCCUGUUGGAGCGCGAGCCGAAGAUUUCCCCGACGUGACGACGCCAUGACGGAAGAGCGGAAAGGAGGUCGGCACCGGAAAAUGGCCGCCAGCCUGUUGUACCUUCAGCGCCGAUCCGACCCGACCGUUUCCGAUGACGGAGGAACCGGAGGAAACGAGACGCGUGAAAAUGAAACCGUGUGAGGUUAGCUCAGUCCGGAACCAGCAGAAACUGGAGCCUGGAAGAAACCAGGAAGCUGAGAAAGACCUGAGGAAAACUGUGACUCGUGUUUACCGUCGUGUUUCUGUGAAUGAGUCUUUAUUGAUCAGAUUAAUAUAUUUAUGGAUUGUUUGUGACAGAAAAGAUCUUAAGUUUAUUUCCUUCAACGGAAAUAAAAAUCUGUAGUUUGGUAGUAAAAUGGAGGCAGCAUCAUUUUGAGUGUUAAUCAGCCACCAGUCCUCCCAGUUCGUCUCCCUGGACUUUUCUCACGUUGGAGCUGAAAUGUGAAUUUCCUGAGGAAAAUAAAAUUGCAGUGAUAAAGUUUUAUUAAAAAGAAGAAAAGCAGAGAACGAUUUGGAUUUUUCUUUUCCUGUUUACUAAAUCAAAGAUGAAAUUAUUUGUGCUUUCUGUGAGAAACUUGACAGGAAAUGAGGUUUGUUUAAGCCGGAAGUGACGCGCCUGCCGACAUGUUUCCGUUAAAAACUUCCUGCCUCGCGGAAAAACGUUUUUUCUUUUCGUUUCUGUGUUUCUUGCAUGAUGUCGUUUCUGUAGUAUUUCUGGAAAUAAAACCAAAAAUGAAAACAA